AUGGAAAAGAUGAAAUCAUUGUUGCUAUUCCUCCCCCUCGUUCGCUGCGACGUGCUGUGGAGUGGCUUUUUCGACGCCAACUUCACCGUCGACCACUUUGACGAAUGUACUCUCCCCUCCAUCUCUCCUUCACAUCUACUCCGUACCUUAUACUCACGACUGCCAGGGUCCUGGUCCAACCAGAUCCCCCCGUACCAAUGGUACAUCCACGGCUCGCAGCCCACAUCCCACUACCUGGGUCUCUCGUCCAACUUCAAGAACCCCGCCGACAAGGCCGAUGCCCAGGGCAUCCGAAUCACCAUCGUACUCCCUCCCUCUAUCAUCCCCUUUCAAUCCAUAUUUACUGAUGGGACGAAGGACGGCACGUCCUCCUGGAACGGCCAACCAAUGAUGCGCAGCGAGCUCAUCCCCCAAACGACCGCCAACAUGGGCCAGGGCCACCUCUACUACCAUUUCUCCCUUUCGACAAGCAAAACCAACGCCCCGAACCCCAGCUUCGAGCACCAGAUCGCGUUCUUCGAGAGCCACUUCACCGAACUCAAGUACGGCCGGCUCAGCGGCGCCACGGGAGACGACAAUACGCUGCGGUGGAUGGUUAGCGGGCAGACGAAGUGGUCGACGCCGCUGGUGGCCGGGACAUGGUACAACUUCGCGUACGACAUUGACUUUGGGGCGGGGACGGUGGGGUUGUGGGCGUCGACGGGGUCGGAGGCGCUGGCGAAGGUGGUGGAGAACGUGGGCGCGAGCACGUCGACGAAUUCGCAGGAUUGGCAUGUUGGGGAGCUGAGGCUGGAUAAUGGGGGGACGAGCGCUGCGGCGGAGGAUUGGUUCUGGUCUGGGGUUUAUGUGGAGAGUGGGAGUGUGACUACGGAUGUGGCUGGGCCUGUUUGA